AUGUCGUCUCUUGCCAUCCCCCAUCGCCUCAAAACCUUCUUCAGUGGCCCUUCCUCAGAGACCUCGCCGCCCCAGUCCAAAGACUGGAAUGUGCUCGAGGUUGAUGGCUGGGACAUGGUAGAUUCGACAGCGCGCUACGAUGUGUUCGAUCCAGAAAGCAGAUUAGAGAGUAGGAAAGAGACAUUCAUCCAGAAUGACGAGUGGAGAAUAUUGCUUGAAGACGCAACAGGGAAUGCAGGAGUGACGACGGCACCGAAUACCGCGUCGAUUGAUGAAUUCAAUAAGACGAAGCAGCAUAUGCUUUCCGACCCCAAGUUUGCAUCGCGAGUGACAAACUUGCGAAACGUCAUUGACGUCCUGUCUCAGGGCGACAAUCCUUCUGUCAAGAACGGCUUUACUUAUUGGGACGGGGAGUAUAGGAUGGACGGUGUGAGGAGCGGCAGCCAAGAUGGGCAGCAGGAAGGCGACAGGAUGAAAUGGACGAUCCGAGCCACCAGAGAAACAAGGGGUAGUACGAUCUUUUUCAAAGCCUCGACGAUUAUAUCGGAAAGGCUGGAAAAGAUUCGCAAGAAAGGUGUUCUUUUCAAUGGAAGCACGGAACCGAUAGAGGGAGUUGAUAUACGCGAUUAUGGUGUUGACAACAGCACUAGGCGGUUUGUGGAGAGCGCUACGACAAACCUAGAUAUACAGUCGUUCUUCAACCAGCAGGAUUCUGGACAGGUCGUUGAAGGACAGUCGAAUUCAAACGUGACGAGGUGGGAUAUCGAGAAAGACUUCGACCAUAGCUACUUGGGGUUUGAAGGCGAACACGCAUUCGCCAUCAGGAAACCCGAAAAGGCAACCAGAGGGAAACCUUUGAGUAGGCGGAUUCUUGGAAUACUCCCGGAAGACGGCUACGUUGAAGCGUUGACAGCAGCGGCUCAGCUGUUGGAUGCUGCGCCGGUUAGUGCAACAGGGGAUUGCAAUUUCUCAUAUCACACGCCUAGUGGGUAUCGGGCGACUAUCGGAAAGAGACAGCGUUUCAUGAGUGGGGCGGAGUGGCUUGUCUCGCUUGGAAAAGUUGAGGAGAAUUAG